GGCGUCAGCAGGGUCACGCCAGUGCAGUAUCACUUCAGCAGUGCCAUGUCAGCAGCAGGGCCACAUCAGCAGUACCGCGUCAUUGACACCGUACAGCUAACUGCAGCUUAUGCUCCGACGCAGCAACCGCAUUGCAGCACGUGAAGGGCGGGCAGCCGCAGCAGAACAGCAGCUACCUCUGCCCCACCCCCCUGAAAUGGACACUCAGGGCAACCCCACGGUGGACAAUGCCGCAUCCGGCAGUCCACGGGAGGCGUGCAGCUCGAACCCCCCGGCCCCACAGACCCAACAGGAGGGUUCCACUGCGACUUCUGUGGGAACCCUCGACGCUGCACCAGUCCGGCAGCUAGGAGAGACCAUGACGGCCUUCCUGGCCCGCCUGGGCACCUAUAUGCAGCAAGUCCAAGAGGAGCAGCAAUGCGAGGCGGCAGCCGAAGCAGCACGCCUUAAUGCCAUUGCACGCGCAGAAGAGCAACGACGCCGGCAGCAAGCUGAUGGAGCUGCCAACCACAACAAAGCUCGAAGAGAUGCCGCGUCUGUCCUCAUGCAGCAGGAAGCCGCUCAUACCGCCGCACUCCAAGCAUGGCAUGUUGAUCCGGCGGAAACGACGGAACCAACCACGGAGGACCGGACUAAGCACACGGCAUCGUCAAGCAAUGAUCCAUCGAUCCGCGAGCUGGAAGGACGGCUGGAUCAACUAGUCGCGCUUAUCGGCGACAUCAACAGUUUCCGACACCCGACGACCAUCAGCCAGCAAAUAGCCGCCCUACAAGCAGACCUGCGUCAACUGCAGCAGCAACCAACUGGGACCUGCAGCAUGAUGCCCCAAGUCAUCCUCACUUGUAACUGGCAACAAGUGGAGCUGGCUCGGCAGGCACGUACCAUUACUGAGUACGAGGAGACUCUCAAGAGCCUCCACGCCCGCCUUGACAUGCUGGAGAAGGAUGGCGUGCCGCACAGGCACACGGCAUCGUCAAGCAUUGAUCCAUCGAUCCGCGAGCUGGAAGGACGGCUGGAUCAACUAGUCGCGCUUAUCGGCAACUUCAACAGUUUCCGACACCCGACGACCAUCAGCCAGCAAAUAGCCGCCCUUCAAGCAGACCUGCGUCAACUGCAGCAGCAACCAACUGGGACCUGCAACAAAUUGACACCGAGACAGUACAAGAUGCCGAAGUUCAGCAUCGACAAGUUUGAUGACUAUCACAAGGCGGACCUCAUCAGUUGGUGGCAAGGGUUCACCAAUGAGCUCUCCAUCCACUUGGUCCCGCCCGAGUCGAAGAUCUCAGCGCUUUACCUUUGCAGCACCGGUGCCAACCAAGUGUGGCUCAACCACCUGGCUCAAACCGAGGGCGUCGAAGUAUCUAAGCUUCACACCAAGAUCACUUCGGAGGCCAUGACUAAGAAGUGGCAGAAAUGCUUCAUCGUCGACGACGCUCAGGGCAAAGGCGUGAACCGGAUCUUCAGCAUGCAUCAAGGCAGCCAGCCAACACGCGAAUGGCUAAACGAGCAAAGAAGACAUUCGUCCACGGCAAAGCUCGGGAAACUGAGCUUCGCGGGAAGUGAGGCGACUCCACUUCCUACUCCGCCGGACACGGUUGCCUUGCUAACAACCUCCUCCACGUCCGGGGAACAUGCGUAUGUCGCCAGUCUUCAUGAAGAUUGUGAAUAUUAUGUUGUCCAGCUGGUCCCGCCGUUGGACCAACCUCUCCACGUGCAAGAGUCUUAUGCGUGCGCGACUUCAUCACCAUCGCCAAGUGAACCAGCAUCCUCGCCAACAUCACUCGGGGACUUGUCGGUGUGGUCUAGACUGGAGGAACUCGACCCAUUGACACCGGAGGACUUCCAAUGGUUGCCUCUUCCCCCAUCUGGUUCCUUGCCGAAGCCGCAUUGCAACGCCCUAAUGGCGGAGCCACGCAACUACUUGCACGCUGCAGUACCAGCUUCGUUGAUGGAAGACGGAGUAGCGGUUGUUGACCUUUGCGAGUACAUUGCGAAGAUUGACCGCGAGUACGCCACGCAAUGGUACGACGACAACGACGCGCCGUUGCUCUACGUCCGCAUUCAGAUCGGGAAGGCAACCUGCAGCGCCUUGAUUGAUUGUGGAGCUACUCGCAACUACAUCAGCCAGGAUUUCAUGACCCGCGCCGGCCUUGGGCCGCGCGUUCGAAGGAAAUCGCAGCCCACGCAAGUCACGUUGGUCGACAGUCGUACGAACAAGUCCAUCGACCGGUGCAUUGACUCAGUCCUCGUGUACUUCGCCCCGCUUGCACGAGAGGCCGUGUCCUUUGACAUAUUGGACACAAAGUUCGACAUGAUCUUGGGCAUGUCAUGGCUGCGCAGCGAGGACCACCCGGUGAACUUCUACCGCCGCACCGUUCACGUUCGUAAUCGGAACGAGGUACUUGUGCCAUGUACGAUCCCCCCACCUCAUCCUUCGAUUGGUUGUCACGCGGUCUCCGCAGCAAGCAUUCGCAACUCCAUCACACGGAACGACGUGGAGGAAAUGGGCAUUUGUUUCUUGCACGCCCUCCCUCCUCCCGACGAGCCUGCGGCGGAACAGCCACCGGAUCCACGCAUUGUAUAACUUCUUGACUCCUAUGGUGACGUCUUUGAAGCCCCCGCCGGAAUCGUAUCGAAUCGG